AUGAGUGCCACAGAGACAAUUACCAGAAUCACGGCGGACAACGUCGCUGACAUCUUCCCCGACGUCGAUACCUCGCUCGCACAUGAAGUCCUUCCCCAGGCGACCACCUCCGUCACAAACAGCAAUGACCUCGCCGGGUACGACGAGGAACAGGUCCGUCUCAUGGAUGAGGUCUGCAUUGUUCUGGAUGACGAUGAUAAGCCCAUCGGGAGUGCUAGCAAGAAGACAUGCCACCUAAUGACAAACAUCGACCGCGGCCUCCUGCACCGCGCCUUCUCCGUCUUCCUCUUCGACUCCCAGAACCGCCUCCUCCUGCAACAGCGCGCCACCGAGAAAAUCACCUUCCCGGACAUGUGGACGAAUACCUGCUGCUCGCACCCGCUCGGUAUCCCCGGCGAGACAGGGUCGCAGCUCGACGCGGCGAUUCUGGGCGUGAAGCGCGCAGCGCAGAGGAAGUUGAACCAUGAGCUCGGCAUUAAGCCCGAGCAGGUGCCCAUCGACAAGUUUGAGUUCUUCACCCGCAUUCAUUAUAAGGCGCCGAGCGAUGGGAAGUGGGGAGAACAUGAGAUUGACUACAUUCUCUUCAUCCAAGCGGACGUCGAUCUCGACCCGAACCUCAACGAAGUCCGCGACACGCGGUACGUCUCCGCCGACGACCUGAAGGAUAUGUUCAAGCAGCCCGACCUGAAAUUCACGCCGUGGUUCAAGCUCAUUUGCAACUCGAUGCUGUUUGAGUGGUGGAGCCACCUCGGUUCUCCCUCGCUGGAACAGUACAAGGGGGAGACGCAGAUUCGUCGGAUGUAA